AUGGCGGCACCGGCUGCGAUUCCACGCAGGAAGCUUACGAGCUAUGUGGGUUUUGGCAAUUUGCCUAACCAGGUUCAUCGUGCAUCUGUACGCAAAGGAUUCAACUUUACUGCGAUGGUCGUCGGCGAGACGGGCCUCGGGAAGUCGACGUUGAUCAACACGCUCUUCAAUACGAACCUCGUCCCGGGCGGUGAAGAGCGGCUUGCGGGCCGUGAGGGUGCACAGACCGUGGGUAUCGACACGAUCAGUGCCGACAUUGAAGAGAACGAGGUGCGUCUGCGCCUCAAUAUCAUCGACACGCCCGGCUUUGGCGACUUUGUGAACAACGACAGCGCAUGGGAGCCCAUCCUGCAGACCAUCGACGCGCGCUUCGACCAGUACCUGGACCAGGAGAACAGGCUGAACAGAUCCAAGAUCGUGGACAACCGUGUGCAUGCGCUGCUCUACUUUAUCCAGCCGACGGGCCAUGCGUUGCGCGCGAUUGACCUCGAGUUCCUUUCGCGCCUGUGCAACCGCGUGAACAUCAUCCCGGUGAUUGCCAAGGCUGAUACGGUCGAUCCUGACGAGAUGCAGCAGGUCAAGCAGCGGAUACUGCGCGACCUCGAGUUCCACAACAUCAAGACCGUCCAGCUCCCCAUCGACAUGGACGACGACGAGGAAGGCAUUGCCGAGACGGAGGAGAUCCAGAGCAAGAUUCCGUUCGCGAUUGUCGGAUCGAACGAUAUGGUGCGCGCCAGCGACGGCCGCGUCGUGCGUGGCCGUGCGUACCCAUGGGGCACAAUCGAGGUGGACAAUGAGCUGCAGAGUGACUUUGUCAAGCUGCGCCAGAUGCUGAUCCGCACAAACAUGGAGGAUCUGCGCGAGCUUACGGACCAACUCUAUGAGGACUACCGCGCACAGAAACUGCUUUCCCUCGGCAUCACCCAGGACGACACCGUGUUCCAGGGCAUGAACCCCGGCGCAAAGCAGGCCGAGGCACGUGCUUUGCACGAGGCCAAGCUUGCCAAGAUGGAGUCGGAGAUGAAGGCUGUCUUCCAGCGCAAGGUCUCGGAGAAAGAGUCCAAGCUGAAGCAGAGCGAGGAGGAGCUGUACACACGGCACCGCGAAAUGCGCAACGCACUCGACCAGCAGCGUGCAGAGCUCGAAGACAGGAAGCGGCGGAUCCAGAACAGCCUCCGCUAG